AUGUCCACCGCUGCCCAACAACAACCUUCAACCGCUGCUUUGGUACCUUCUUCAUCAUCCACCAAGCGAUUAUCAACUAUCAAUAAACCCAAUUCCUCCAGUCCUGCCAAAGGUGCUAAUGCCGCGAACGCAGGUGCGGGAGUGAAAGAUGUAGUUAGCCCUGGUGAAUUAUGUGGAUUUGUUGAUACGCUGUUGGCUCAGUUGGAAUCGAGAUUUGACGAAAUGAGUGAUCAGGUAUUAGCACGAAUGAACGAGAUGUCCCACCGAAUCGAUAAUUUGGAAACCGCGAUUGAGAAUCUCAUGCAAGACGAUAUACAUGAGAAUGUCAUUUCGCCCGUACCUCAGAAAUAG